ACCGUCACACAUUUAUUAGUUUAUCAGGAAUGUAUGUAUUUACUGUUCUGAUAAGAUAAAAAAGAGAGAAAUUUUUUGCAUAGCUCCAAAAAUAGGGAUCAGAUCAUGAGAGAGAAGCAUGUUACUGAUCCAGUUCAGUACCUAUAUAUAGAGCCAUGCAGCUUUAUUUGACUAUUUUCUGCGUGCAACAGUCUCUGUGAGCUGAAGGUAGUGUGCAGCCAAAAAGAUAUUGAAGCAAACACUGCAGAAGGGGAGAUAAAGGAUUUUUUUCACCCAAAAUUUGAAGGAACUAACAAGGGACACAUAAAGAAACUACUUACUAAUUGCUCUCAAAAAUUAAAAAAAAAAAACGUAGCAAUACAUCAACUGAAGGGUGUCUACAGUUGAUUUUACUAUUAUGAGGUAGACAAUUCACAAGAGUCCAGCUUUUUUAAUUCUGAAGCAAAAUCACCAUUGAAAUUUUACAUACCUCAGUGUGUUUUGGGAUUUAAUUGGUAUUGAACUCUGUUCUUCUUCCUGGCAAUUUCUGUCUCUGUUGGCUCUACUUCAGGACUGGACCAUAGUCCAACAUAUCUGCUCCAAUAGUUUAGUAUAUCAUCAAAGUUAAUAUUAAGGUACUCAUCAUAGAAGUAAUCUAGAUCCAUAAUUUCCAUGAAACAAACCAGAGUUUGACCUAGAUUGUUGAACUGUUUUAUAGAAACCUUUCCUCUCCAUCCUGUAACAAACCUACAUAGUUGAUUCAAAUAAGACUAGAUGACUGUGGAUGAAGUUGGUAGUAGCUCCCAGUGGAGCAAAGAACAGGAUAAAGCAUUUGAAAAUGCCUUGGCAAUUCACCCUGAGGAUGCUUCAGACCGGUGGGAGAAGAUUGCAGCUGAUGUACCAGGGAAAACCUUGGAAGAGAUUAAACACCACUAUGAGCUCUUGGUUGAAGAUGUUAGCCAGAUCGAAUCUGGUUAUGUGCCUUUACCAUCUUAUAAUUCUUCUCCAGAGGGCUCAACAAGCCAUGCUAGUGAAGAAGGAGCUGGCAAGAAGGGAGGCCACUCUUGGAAUAGUAAUAACGAAUCUAAUCAUGGAACUAAGGCUUCAAGAUCAGAUCAGGAACGACGAAAGGGUAUUGCAUGGACAGAGGAUGAACACAGGUUAUUCCUCCUUGGCUUGGAAAAGUAUGGGAAAGGUGACUGGCGAAGUAUAUCAAGGAACUUUGUGGUGACAAGAACGCCUACACAAGUAGCAAGCCAUGCCCAAAAAUACUUCAUUCGUCUGAACUCGAUGAAUAAAGACAGAAGGCGAUCCAGCAUACACGAUAUCACCAGUGUCAACAAUGGAGAUGUUUCAGCACCUCAAGGACCAAUUACUGGUCAAACAAACGGUUCUGCGGAUAAUUCUGCUGGAAAAUCAACCAAACCAGCCCCGCCAGCCCCAACUGCUGCCUUGGGUGUAGGAAUAUAUGCUGGUCCUACCAUUGGACAACCUAUAGGAGGACCCCUCGUAUCUGCAGUUGGCACCCCAGUGAUGAACCUUCCUCCCCCAGCACACAUGGCAUAUGGUCUCGGAGCACCGGUUCCUGGGGCAGUUGUUCCUGGAGCACCAAUGAACUUAGGUCCUGUGCCAUACCCUAUGCCACAUACAUCUGCUCGUAGAUGAAGUUAUGUUCAGAGGCCUAAUGUACAAAAAGAAAACAGCAGAUUAGAAGGCUUAUGAAUUUAAUGUAAUUCUUUACCUAUUCCUAUAGCUGCUUAUGUGCAACAGUUUUAUGCUCCAUCAAUUAUUUCAAAAUAAGGGAUACUAAGAAGCAUUAGAAUGUAUCUACAUUGGCUGCCAUGGAUGGAAUAUCUGACAGCCUUGACAUACCACAGCGUGAAAGUAAUGUUGUCGUUAGUCAUAUAAAGUGGCCCAUUCUGUAGAUGAAGGUUCUGUGGCAGGCUUAUGAAUUUAAUGUAAUUCUUUACCUAUUCCUAUAGUUGCUUAUGUGCAAGAGUUUUAUGCUCCAUCAAUUUCAAAUAAGGGAUACUAAGAAGCAUUAGAAUGUAUCUGCAUCGGCUUCCAUGGAUGGAAUAUCUGACAGCCUUGACAUACCACAGCGUGAAAGUAAUGUUGUAGUUAGUCAUAUAAAGUGGCCCAUUCUGUAGAGGAAAGUUCUGUGGCUUUGGUAUGUUAUUGUUGUAUUUUGAUCACUUGGUUUCUGAUUUUCCGUAGGGUCUUCUAAAUUUCCCAUCUAGCUUCCCUUAUUAUCAGAUUAGUUGCUAUGAUUGACAUGAUAUAUUAUAGCAGAUAUUUGUCCAUUCUGGCAACAUUCCCAUCAAAAUGUUUCAACUAAGA